AUGAAAACUGCCUCUCAACCUUCAGCCCCUCACAAUGUGGGAAGCAAAAUAAAACAUCUUGUCGGCAAGAUCCGACGCCACUCAAAUCCCCCACCACCCGAAUCCUCUUCAGCUUCUCCCUCAUCAACCGCAAACCCAUCUCGAGAAUCCUCAUCAUGUCCCCUGCCACACAUUGGCAGACACAGCCAACGGAACAGCCGUCGUGGCUCAGCCUCCGAGGAAGAUGAACGCGUCCACGACCUUGAGCUAUGGAAUGCAGCUUACGACGUGCUCAGGAGAGACCACACAUCUUCUAGUCUUGUACUUGCAUACGAAAAUAUCAUUUCACACGCCUUGCCUGACUCACUAAGACCGGGUCACAAUGGAAACGGUGAUGGUCUACCAACGGAUGGCGAUAGGAGGGCUGAGUUGAUGAUGAUGAUUGCAAAGUCUGGUUUGGAGCGCGAGGUCAAGGAAGUUUCCCAGACAGAUUCGGGUGAUGGCGAGGCGAGAGAAUAUGUGAUUCAGACGAGGUCGAUUAUUGCUUCAUUAUUAGACGACCAGCCCAGCGCCGCCAUCGCAUGGGCGGGUUUCUGCUCUCUAACACCUCUACUUCUUGAUCCUCUCCUCCGGCACGAAGAUAUCCGUCAAGGCUUUGUCCAUAUCACAAACGCCAUUCCCCACUACAUGACACUACAUCGCGCACUCCAUCCUUCAUCGUGGACAUCUCUCACCGAGUUCCAACGUCUGCAACCGCACCUCCAUCAAACCCUGUUAAACCUCUAUCGUCGUAUCCUUGAGUAUGAGAUGAACAUUGUAUGCGCCGCCGCGAGCGCCUGGAAUAUGGCCGCCCGCAACGUCGUUGACUGGCAUGGCUGGAAAGCCAGGUCAGAUGCUGUGCGAGACACCGACGCUGAGCUGAUGAGUCAAGUCGAUAAGAGUGGUACAGAUGAGGCCAAGGCGCUCAUGGAGGUCCAGAGAAAGCUAGACCCUGAAGGAGGAGGGCGUGGUGAACCAACAGACGACACUUUAAAUCACAAUAUUUGA